AUGAGAGAUUUUCAAGAUUUCAUCAACAGUUUUUCAAAAUCAAACAGAAAAGGAGUUAUGACAUCUGCUAGAAUCUGCGAAUUCAAUAAGAAAUUUAAUACUUAUUUUCAAAUUUAUAUGCCCAAACAUAGACAUUUUCAACCAAAGAAAGUAUCCGAAGAAUUAGAUUGGGUUUUUUAUUUACAUAAAGAAGAUUUCUAUCUCAUUAGAAGAGAUAACAAAACCUUAGGCAUUAAAGAAAUAGAAGAUAAUUACGAUGAAAAUGUACGGAGAACUUGUAAAGAUGAUACUGCGGUAACGCAAGUUUCACCUCUAAAACUAAAUGUUUUUCAAACCAUUCCCGAUGAUUGUUUAUACGCGUGGGAUUGCGAAACCUAUAACGAAAAUAAAGCCAUACCUUAUUCUUGUACGUUGAUUAAUUUAGAAAAACUAAGAAAAAUGUUAAACAGAAUAAAUAAUCUCUUUCCAGAUUUAAAGCCGACAGAUCCUAUUCCAAAAGAAUUUUACAACAAACUCAUGACUAAUAUAGUAGAAAUAUUUGUAGGUACAGAUUGCAUCGAUCAAAUGUUACAACGUUUAGGAAAAAUAGAUCAAAAAAGAAUAUUAAUAAUCGCUCAUAACGCUAGCGGUUUUUGA